AGCUUAAAAGGAAUCAAAAAACAGCUGAUUGCAGUAGAAUGAAAUUUGCCUGCAGCAAUUUACUGAAACUUCGUUAUAUCACUUAAAUGAUAACUAAUUAAUUAAAACAAACAGUAUAUUAGCUGUAACUUAUUUCCGAAAAUAAUGUCGUCAGUCCCUGCCACCGCUGCGCUGGAAACUGAAGAUCCCGUAGAGCUGAUGCUUAAGAAAACUGGGUGUAUACAAUUGCAUUACAAAGUACAAGAGUGUAUUUCCGAAACAGGCGAUUGGCGCCGCUGCCAAGAGGUGGUAAAAGAGUUCAAGCAGUGUAUGCAAAAAUAUACGGAAUCACAAAUGAAAAAAUACGCACAAACAAAAUAAAUCA